UUACCGAUUCGGGCAAAUCCACUGGACGCACACCCCUACCCACUGCAUUGCUACAGCGCUCUACCCACGAACCCGGUCAACUCGCUGGCCGAGCGGGCCAAGGGCGUGCUAAGAUGGUCAAGAAUACUUCUAAUUCGCGCGCGCGCGGGGCCGCCCCUUGGGUGCCCCGAACGAGGUCCCGGCCAGGUCCCAAACAGGUCCUGGCCAGGUCCCAGCAGGCUCCCAGGAGCGCUCCAUGAGCGUUUCAAGGGGCCUCCAACAGAGAGCAACAUGGUUCGAGACGGUCCAAGAGCGAUCGAAGAUAGGGGGGGCGGGAGGGGCAGCCCGGCGCAACCAGAGCGGGCGACCGGCGAGCGCCGCGGGCGCGGGCAUCCGGAGCCCCACGGGCACGAGCGCCGAGCCCGCGGAGGGCUCGAGCCAGCUUCAAAUGAAUCAAAUUCCUGCCUCCUGGUGCUGAGUGGUCCCUGCCUCCCCUGCCAACGGCACUGGGACAGGACGCCGCGCGCCGGGCCCCGCCCGCGCGGGCGCUGCCGGCGCGAGGGCCGCUCGGCCGGGGCCUGCGCCUACGUAUUUAGCAAUUACAGCUGCCUCCGCCGAGCCGGCGGAGAUUGUCAGAGGAAGCAACUCCUGCCCACCGAGCAACUGAGGGAAGAACUACAGUUGUGGACGGGCGGCGUCGGGCACACGCUAGCAGGAAGUAGGGAUGCGUGGAUCGCACGCGCGGGCGCCAGGGCCGCGGACCGAGGAAAGCACGUGCCCCCCCAAAGCAUGGGGCCAACGCCGCCCGAUGUGGCGACAAAAGCGCGCCGAUCCUGCAUGGAGGCGGAGGAAGUGAGGGGGAAGGGCAGGAGGGGAGGGGAGGAGAGGAGACUGGAUGUUGAAACACUCGACACGCUCGAUGGCAACAGCGCAGGCUGAAGCGGUACACCGAGGCUUUACCCCAGGUGCAGCCCUGCCUUGAAACAGUGAAGGGGAACCUGCCCCUGAUCGUCGAAUCCGACAUUGAUCAUCGACCUCUGGCUUGCGGAUCAUAAUCGGAGCCUCCGGCGGCCGUUCGGGACGAUCCUGGGAUCCCCAAGACGCUCCUGGCGAGGCGCGGGCGCCGAAAGCUCCCGCGGCUGCAAAGCCGCCGAGAGCCGACGCGAACGCCCGGAAACCUCCAAGCCUCGACCCUCGACGGCGGCUCCCCACCAGCGUUGCCCGUCGUGGCCUCCUGCCUUGGCACAGGCGUCCCUCCUCGUGCAGCAGGGGCCAGCGUGCGCCGGAAAGCGCACGCAGCCCUCUCUCUCUCUCUCUCUCUC